GCUACCAAUGUUGUCAAAUGACCAGCAGCCUCAUUCAUACAUGGCCAUUGCUUUUGCCCGCUCUCCUUUUUUGUGGUAGGUUGCUUAGAUCAAAGAGGGUAUCCACCAUAUCUCCUCUCUAUAAAUACCCCACCCAUCUCAUUCCCUUCUCCCACUAGGAACACCCUAUAGAGCUAGUGAGGAAGAUUAGGUACAACAAAGCAAUCCAGCAGUACACACUAUCACCAUCAACCAUCCAUGGUUAAGAGUAGCAGCAACAGGGUCCUUGAUGCUUCCAACUCUUCCAUCCCACGCCCUAACACCACCACCACCACCACCACCACCACCAAGCUCCAAGCAAAGGAUGAAAGUACGAGGAAGAGGCAAUACAAGGGAGUGAGGAUGAGGAGCUGGGGUUCCUGGGUCUCAGAGAUAAGAGCACCCCAUCAGAAGACCAGGAUCUGGCUGGGCUCCUACUCCACCCCUGAAGCCGCUGCGAGGGCCUACGACGCCGCCCUCCUUUGCCUCAAGGGCUCGUCGGCCACCCUCAACUUCCCCACCUCCCUCCCCUACCACCCUCCCAAUACCGUCAUGUCCCCCAAGUCCAUUCAGAGAGCCGCCGCUGCCGCCGCGCACGCCGUCACCCCCACCACCUCCACGCUCAGCCCUGCGACCACCCCAUCGCCUUCAUCACCAUCCGAUGCCACCGAAGACUCUCCAUCCACCACCACGACGAGCUCGAACAGCUGCAUGGCGAACACCAUCGAAGACGAAUCGUGGAUCGACUUCGGAGCAUUCCAGUCGCCGAAACUUAUGGAUCAAACGAUCAGCCCGUUGAUUUCUUCUUGGGAGGAGUUGGAUGAGGAGGGAGACUUCAAACUUUGGAGCUUCUGCUAGAUCGAGAAUGAGAUACUGCAUAGGUUCUAAUCCAUUCAUGAUCAACUAGAUGUUCCUUCUCACCUCUUCUAGAUUUAGAUGAAAUAAAGACGAGGUGAUUCUGACGGUAAGUGACCGCAUUGGUCUUCAUCUAUUUGAUUUAAUUUUAUUUCCGAUAGGUGAAGAUCCCAUGGAGCUGCAUGGUUUUAGGAUUCAGGUUGUUCCUUGGAGUUUCUACAAUUGCACACAAACACGGGUUUCUAUAUUUGCAAACUUUUUUGUUGGAGAGGGGUGAAUAAUAAAGGGAUUAUGGGAAUAUUACUUCAUUAUCGCCUACGAAUGGAUGGAUUCCAAUCGUUGCUUGGGAAAGAAGCAUGUGGUCAGGAAUUCCUUUAUCUAAAAGGAAACUUGGGAGGGAAGCCAUGAACACAGAUGAUAAAUCCAGAUCUCUUGGGCAAUAGCCGUUGGAUUGACAUGAUGGAGGGAGGCCUGGAUGAGAAGAGGGAUCCAUGUAUUCCCUUCAACGAGCACAGUUGACACUGAUGUUGGCACUGUUCUUUAGUCUGCCUGCUUUGGAAUAUAUUCCCAUGAUUCAAAACAUCCAAAUGUGUCCUUGUUUCAUCGGAACUUUAUAUCUGUAAUAUUGCUUUAUGUCAAUGCAUCAUUAUGGACACUGCAGAAGAGACAAAAUCGGCCAAAACAAAUAAUUUUUCUAUCUUCAAAGUGGUCA